AUUAACCAAGCGUAUUUAACGUUCUAAAAUAGUUUGUUAAUAAAAAUAUGUUCUGAAUGAUACUGAAAUAUAUACAUACCCUAAUUUAUAACGAAAAUCAAAUAACACUGAGGUUUUUAGCUUAACUUUUCACUACCCUGGUAUUUAACUUUUUCGUACUCUCUCUGGUCGCUCUCUCGUUUUAGCCAGGCUAUCAGAGAGUGAACCUUCCAUAUUAUGUUAUUUAAUGAACCUAUGUAUGAUAUUUACUGGCUUUGCAUUAGACUUUUUCAUUAGUCAUUUUAAAAUAUCCUAAUAUUUGGAUUUGAUAUUUUGGACAAAAACUGGAUGAUUAUUCACCGUGUCGCAUUGCAUGAGGAAGGUUACAUUGUGGUAGAUGCAAGAUUCAUUUCAAACAAACAUUUAGUUUGCUGAUAUGUCUCAACAUGAUGUUAUUUUCCAGAGUACAGAUGAUAGUUCUCAAAACCAAUACCCUUCUACAGAAACCAACUAUAAAUCGUCUGAGGAUCAUCUAGAUGAUAAUGAUGAAGAUGAUGAUGACGAGGUUGAAUCUUUAGCAAAGAAAAAUGAACCUCAGAAACCUGUUAGCGCUGAACGUCUUAAAGCAUUCAAUAUGUUUGUGCGCUUGUUUAUUGAUGAAAAUCUUGAUAGACUUGUACCAAUCUCUAAGCAACCCAAAGAAAAAAUAAAUGCAAUAAUCAUGUCUUGUCAACGACAAUUUCCAGAAUUUGAAGAUCGUGCACGGAAGCGGAUUCGCACAUAUUUAAAGUCUUGCAGGCGUUCAAUACGGCUUCGAGAAGAUACUAGUAAACCCACGUUGUAUCAACCUACUACCCAUCCUCCAGAAAUAAGCCAUAUCUUAGCUCAAGCUUGUCAAAAUGAAAGCCAUGAAGCAGCUAAGCGUCAAAGAUUAGAUGUAGAAAAAGAUGGUCAAAAAAAUGGAUUUUUUAGUAACGUAUAUGAUAAAAAAGACGCAAUGUCGCCACCCUUUGUAUCAUCAUCUUCAAAUAUUGAAUUAACACAUGCUGAAAUAAUUUCAAUCAAAGCGUUAAUCGAUGGAUACAGACAGUCGGCUUCAUUUUUGCAUCGCUCUGCGGAUGAAUUAGAAUGUAUUCUGAAAAAUGUUCAUUCGCCUAAAGUUGAUUCCAUAAAAAAGGAGGAAAACAGAUGUCCGCAUGGCGAAUUGCUUGUUUCCUCUGUUUCAAUAUCAGAACUAAAACGAAAAGCAGAUCAAUUCGGAUCACUCGAACUGAAUAAGCAACCUUUAUCUAGUUCGAGUCCAACGAAAGCGCUUUGUAAUAGUUCAAAAAGUGAGCGUAGUUCUCCUUCUAAGUUUAACUUUUGUGAAGACUUAUCUUCUAAUAAAACUAUUAAUGUCGAUGAAGAAAUUUCUCACAAAAAACCAGACAAUACAGAUAGUAUAGAACAAGUUAAAAGUGACAUUUCGGAAAAGUUUAAUCAAAAACAAAGUUCUUCAACAUUAAGCAGAUAUUUGGAACCAAACCAUCUGGAGUCAAACAUUGAAUCAGAUGAAAGUGUAGAAGCACAAACUGAUACUACUUCUAAAUCAAGCGCAAAUGAAGUUUAUCUCGUUUCAGAAAGUUUAAAUGAAGAAGUGUUAACUAAUAAUCACUUGGGUGUAAAACAAUCAUCUUAUCAAAAUAAUGCAAGUGAAAUUUUAUACAUUCCGGAAACGAGUAAAUCUCGUAUUGAGAGGAAUAUGUCGAAAGAUAAAGCAUCUCAAAUUUUGACGCCUAUUUAUUCAAAGCGUCUUCAAUACACAUCUGUUCAGCAUAAUAGAAAUUUCUCUCCUAUACCAACAACAAUUUCACUAGAUAACUAUGAGCGUUUUGAAACGCAUCAGCAACGUCACUCUGAUAUGAAUAGUGAACGCAUACCCCACCAUUCAAACAUGGCUCAACAGUUGCGAAACUCUACAUACGGCAAUAUACAUUCAAUCCACAUGUCUAGUUCUAGUCAAUCUCCGUGUUCAGAUGAUAUUCCUUACGAUUUACAUCAAAAGCGUAUAACGCAAGAGAAUUUUUAUGUUGAUACACCUUCCCCUAAACACUCUUCUGCUAACAUUUCUCUAUACGCAAAAACGCAAUUGUCACCUAAGCUUCAUUCCCAAUUUACAGGAGGCAACCAACGUUCACAGACAGUUUUAUACUCGCCUCGUCAACAAUCUAAUCAGGUUCGUUAUCAUAUUGGGCAGCAAUCAAGACAAAACCAAUUAAAUAAUUAUACUGUUUUUAAUUUUGAUAGUCCUUCACCUCAAGCAUAUUAUGAAAACAGGCAUCAACAUCAACAACAAAACUUUCAUCCUGUUGUUUCUCCUCAUAGUUAUCACCCUGUAAUUUCACCUAAUCAUUCGCCUUUGGUGCAAGACUUAUCUAAACCAACACAUUUUUCUGAUAUAAAUAGACAGUCUCAUUACCACGAUCAUUCCACAUCUUCGCAUGGAGAGUACACACAUUUCGAUAUUCAUCAGAUGAAUAAAUAGAUGGUCAUUAUAAUUAUUUUUUGCUCAGAUUGUUAUUUAUCUGGCGGUUACUAUUUGCAAUAUAUGUUUUCAAAAUAUUUUGCAUAGUUUUUUUAAAGACGAGUUUGAUACUUUGGUUAUACAUUGGCUGAAGUUUGCUUGGCUCUGAUUUAUUUUGAGCUGUGAUUUGGUACAAUAAAAUCUUGAGGCGCUCUGCUCAUUAAAAGAGUAUUAACACUGUGUGUUUUUUAAUAGUAUAUAUGACAUGAUAUUUAACCUUGUAUAUUUUUGUGUUUGUAUCUUUUUUUAAAUGUUUAGUUUUUUUUUUUACUAGUUAGGGUAUAUAAACAAGUUUUUCUAGGCUUUUUG